CCAACAAGUCUAAUGAACUAAACAUACGGAUGGCAGAUUACAGCCAUAUUCAAGCACAGUUAUCUCAACAAGAAGCAAAACCACCGACUCCUUCCAUUUAAAGUACAAUUUCAUAAUCCUAGCAGUAAUUCUGGAAGUACAUUUUACUACUUUCUCCUACCUUUUUUGGCGGUUUCACUGUUACAAAUUAUCCAAAUUUAGAUCUAAUUUUCUGGGCUCUGUCGGUGAAGUUAGUAAAGCUGAGCUCUGAUGUUUCUCUGACAUUGUACCACGGUCUACAGCCCUUUAAUGCUUACAUAUUGACCAUGGUUUCAGUGCCAUUUUCUUCACUCUUUCUGCAAGUCUCUGCUAGACUUUCAGCUUGUAUAGUUGCACUUCUUGUAGUUAUUUGGGCCCUUUACUUCAAGACCAGCUUCAUCCCUCGUUCUUCCUCCCAAGAAGACCUCAUUUAUGCUAUCCUGCAUCCUUUGUUAAUGGUGAUUGGUUUCAUUCUUGUUAGUGGAGAAGGUAAUGCAAAUUCUGUUGAUGGGAUUUGCUUUUGUGGAGCAAGAAAUGCUUUUAAUUGUUGGUUUUCUAACAUUUUGCUUUCUUUUUCAGCAAUUUUGGUGCACAGGUGGUUGCCUGGUUCAAGAAAUCUGAAAAAAUCAGUGCACUUGUGUCUUCAAGGUUUGGCUUUGGGUUCUGGGGUUUUUGGGAUUUGGACAAAGUUUCAUAGUCAAGAGGGGAUUGUGGCCAAUUUCUACAGUUUGCAUUCUUGGAUGGGUCUGAUUUGUAUCACUCUGUUUGGUGCUCAGUGGUUGCUGGGCUUUCUGAACUUCUGGCAUAAAGGAGAGGUGCGAACCACGAGGGUGAGAGUCUUGUCAUGGCAUGUCUUUCUUGGCCUCUACACAUAUGCUUUGGCAGUGGUAACAGCUGAGACAGGGCUUCUGGAAAAAUUGACAUUCUUGCAAACCAGAGGAGAUGUAUUGAGACGUUGCACCGAGUCGAUGGUUGUGAACGGUUUAGGACUUGGAUUGGCCCUUCUGAGUGGUAUUGUAAUAUUAGCAGCAGUUUCACCAAAGCAUGAAGCUCCACACUUUAAGAUGAUGUACACAAACAACAAAUGGUUGUCUUCUCAGUAACAAGUCUUAGAUUGACGAUAAAGCCAGGAAAAGCCGAGACCUAGCCAAGGUUCUUGAGAAAGUUGGACGAAUGUGGAAGAGGGACCAAAACAUCAGAUUUCUGGCCGCUGAAGUAGCAACAACUGCUCCUAGAGAUCUUCUGAUGCCUCUUGGAUGUGGAGGAAAGUACUUGCAUUGAGAUCUUUUGCUCAACCUUACGUUCAGAUAGUCAUAGGGAACGGACAAAUGACAAAUAUUUAGUUCUGAAUCAUGGCAUCCAGUUGGUCUUUUGUCCAUGGAGUUUUCUGGGAAUCUGCUCCACUCUUUUGGCUGCACAAUGUAUCAUUCAGCGAUCUACUGAAGGUCAAUUGAAAUGUCCUACUGGAAGACAAGUUACUAGAGAAGUCAAGUAAAUGGUGGAGGCAACUCCUGGUGCAUUGGCUCCACUGUCUGUGCAGGCUGAUCAUCUUCAAUGGGUGAUAGACAGUGCUUCUGGUGUAUUUUCAGUAAAAUCAGCAAUGGACAAGUUGAGGUUGCAGGGGUCUAGAGUAUACUGAUAUCAGCUGGUAUGGGGAAAAAUAAUUAUUCCCUGAUUUUGAGAGGGACCGACUGAGGAAAUCGGGGAUCGACUAAAUGAGUAAAUGUGUGUCAUUCUCCGAAGCUGAAGAGAGCAUAGAGCACUUGUUGAUUGUAGAGUCUCAUAUAAUGUAUGGAAGAAAGUAAAGUGGGAUAUAUUGGAGAAGGAACUUCAGUUGGUGUCUCACCAUUGGAUUGGCAAGACAUUUGUCCAGCAAUUCAAAAGGCUUGCUUUUUCUCUUAGAAUGAACUGGAGAAUCUAUCUCAUGGUUGAUCCUUGGUCAUACCCGUGUGUACUUAAUCUCUUACUAUAUGAUUUAGUUCUCAGUGGAUAUAAUUCAAAGGUAGGUUAUGUAAGUUAUUUUAGACACUUCUUCUACCUCUAAAAAAUUUUUGUUUCGUG